UUCCGUGUUCGAAACUGCUGAAGACGAGAGGUAGCUGUCUGAAUUUGACAGCUUAAAUUAUUAAAAAGAAAUAAGAAAAUAACACUUCUGUUCAUAACGCCAGAAUGGCAGACAGGAAACCGUGUAAGGUGUGUAAUUUUACACGACAGAAAUCAUACGGGUUGGUAGUUCCGUCUUUAGAUGAGCUGAAGACAAAAGGAUGUGAGUUUCUUGGGUUCAGCCCCGAUGAGGGGGUCACAGUGGUUCUAGAGGAUGAUGGGACAAUAGUACAGGAUCAGGCCUACUUUUUGUGUUUACCUCUAAACACAAAGUUCAUGCUGUUGCAUGAAAAAGAGACAUGGUCUCCAGCUCGCAGGAUGGAUGGUGGCACAGCCUGGAUGGCCAGGGAUUCUAUGAUUCUGGGGGCCGAUGCAGUGGACGCCUCCACUGCUGCAUCGCCCUGGUGGCACCUGGCUCAGCAGCUGAAGCAGGACCUUACCAGCAUCAUCCUCAUGUCUGAGGAAGACUUACAGACCUUAGUGGACGCCCCGAGCCCUGAGCUUGCCUCUGCCCUGGGCUUCCAACAGAAGAAGGCCGAGGACCUGCAGGAGACCAUGCAGAGGGUUUUGGACCGACGAGAGGAAGAGAGGCAGUCCAAGGAGUUGCUCCAGCUCUACCUCAAAGCUUCGGAGAACGAUGACAGAAAACAGGAGGAGCCAAGCCAGCCCAGCCAGGAAGGGGCUGGAGAUGCGGAGGUGGAUGGGAUGGAGGUGGACUCUGCGUCUGGAUUCAUGCCCAGGACACUGAUGGUCCUGAAAGGCAAAACGAGCCCCGAGACCAGACUCUCCACUGAGGAUCUGCAGAUGGUAGUGUCCAAAGGGGUGGAAGUCAUGGAGCAGGUGCUGGGCUUUGACAGAACGAGGACGUCUGAGCUGCUGCAGGCCUGCGAAGCUGAGCUGAACGUACGUCUCCAGCAGGUUCAGGCCAUGCAGUCCAUCAGGAGCGCCAUGCAGCCGGAGAGCAGCCAGCAGUCCAGUGAGCAGAGCGCCGAGGAGGGUGCAGAAACACCAGCCCAAGGCAGCGACUAGGCUGAGGCUUUACCUGAGCAGAGACUGAUAAGAAUUCACACUACCUGCCUCAGGGUCAAAAGAAUGGGAUUUAACCUGUGUUACUGAUAAUAUCCAUAAUGCUGGAAUUCAUGAAUGUUAAUGAUGUUGACAUUUGCUUCGUUUUGUGAAACUUGCAAAGCACCUGAAUGCUUUUGCAUCAAGAGGAAGCAGAGUCAUUUGCACAAGUCAUGUUUAUCAAAGAUAUGCUGACAGUAACCACCGGCAUCAACUUUCUAUUGGCUCCAUAUGUUGAUGAGUGCCAUGCUGUGAAAGUAAUCACAUAUAAACACAUCCAUGUGAAACUUAAAGCAAAACAUUUUGGGAAAUGUGCUCAUUCGCUUUGUUGUCGAGAGCUAGAUGAGAACAUCGAUACCACUCUUGCAUCUGUUUGUUUGAUAUGCAGCAGCCAGCUAGCUUAGCUUAGCAUAAAAACUGGAAACCGGGACACAGCUAGCCUGGCGCUGCCCUUUAAAAGUCGGAGAUUUGAACCUCUCAGUCAACUGAGAUUGCUUCAAGUUGAGCUGUUGUUUUUGCUUUGGUUUGUUUGUUCUGCUCAGUUUGCUGUGCAGUGUAUUUCUGGGGACGUUAGGGGCCCCAGUUUUUGCUGCAGAGUGAGCGCUCUUGACUUUCACGCUACUCUUUGGUACAGGCUGCUGCAGGGAGCACAGAGGAAGACAGACUUUUGUUUUAUGUCAAGUCUCGGCAAAAAAUAUUGUUGCACAGUUCCUACCUGUCAUUAGGGCACUUAGCUUGUUCACUAUUUUACGUGAAUGCCACUUUAAAACUUUAUACAGGGGGAGAAAACAACAAUAACAAAAAAGAAUAAUCAAAUAUUUGCAUUGAAAAGUGAAAUCUUUUUCAACUGGAAUAAUUCUGAGUCUUGUACAGCCCUACUCUGUCCAAAGGUAACAAAUUCUGCUUGCCAGCACCUCAUAAGAUCAAAAAUUAAGAUCUUCCUGUAGUCUCUGCUGGUUGCUUGGCAACUUAACUACAAUGACAAGACUCCAAGGAAAAUAUAAAAGAAGGUACGGUCGUGGCGACAGUGAGAGUUCUAUCGGAGUCCAUGGGUCAGGCACUGCAAAUUAACCCAUCAUAUUUUUGUUGAUUCAACUUUGACUGAAAAAUCCUAUUGUGAUGUUGACUGACUUUUUUUUUUUUUUUUUUUUUUUAACAAAAUAUACACACUUGUUUUCCUUGUUAUCGGUCACCUAACAGAUCAUGACUCAGUCCUGCAGAGGCUGAGAUGCAGAGGCAUGAGAGUGGUGUUAAUCUUCUCAGCAAAGUCUAUGCAAAUAAGUGUACUUCCCAAAAUGCUGAUUUAUUGCAUAAAGGUUUUAUAUUAACUGAUAUUGUUGAAUCAUCUCCCAGAUUUAUUGUUUACAUUCUGCUUCCCCUUAAAGUAACACUCCACCCCAAUAUCAAAAAUACACAUUUAUUCCUGUUAACUGUAGUGCCAUAUAUCAGUCAUGAUUGUUUUGGUGAGAGUUGUUGAGUGUUGGCAAUAUCGACCGCAAAGAUGUCUCCCUUCAUUUGAGAAACUUAACAGUGUCUCUUUCCAGAACCCGAUCACACCCAGUUAUUAUGCCACUUAAAACAAUCCGCAGACCUUGUGAGCAGUUUCAUGUGGGAACUAUUUCCUUUCUACAGAUCUACACCCACCAACCAAAUCACAGUGCAGACGGAAACAGAACCGGGUCAUGAUUCGUGGAAAGAGACAUUGAUGUUGAGUUUUUCAAAUGUAUUUUUUGGCGUUUAGAAUACCACAAGCUGAGUGACAUCUUGUUCCAAUUCAGACAAAAGGUGUGCACUGCAUUUUAUUUUUGAACUGUACUCUUAACUAGCUAAAGAAACCCUAUGGAUAUAUAAUUUUGUGUCUGCUGGAAAGAUUUUACAAGUGCUAUCACUGAAAUGAUAUUUACAUUGACAUUGCCAUUUACAUCUUGAGCAUAGGGGAAUCUUCUGGGAAGUUUAGAGUAGCAGGGUGUUGUUAUUUCAGUCAGCUGGCAGCUAGGCCGAUCCUACGCCUCAUAACUUGCUCCUGCUUGUUACCUUCCUCAGUGACUCCUGCAAAAAGAGACAGUGUUCUGAGACGUUAUGUUCCUGCUACAGCUCUAUAGUUUUUUCCUAUUUCUGAGUUUUAAAUGGCACUGGUAGACUCUGGGAAUCACAUAAUUUCUAAGUUGUAAUGAAAAUAUUUAGAGAGCAGCUUUCCCUAUAGGGAACAUAAAUAUUUUUGUACGUAUACACUUGCCUAAAUUUGGCAUUUUCUUUUUCAUUUUGUACCACAGUCCUUAGGUAUGUGCACUUGGUGUGACAUGUGCUGAUGUGUGACCAUUUACAGAAUUUCGACAUGGAUGGAGCUGUAACUAAAGAUUAUUUUUAUUGUUGAUUAAUCUGUCAGUUAUUUUAUUGAUUAAUCGACAGUUGUUUGAUCUAUAAAAUGUAAGAAAACGGUAGAAAAUGUCAAUCAGUGUUUCCCAAAGCCAAAUAUGAUAUCCUUAAAUGUCUUGAUUUCUCCACAAGCCAACGAUAUUCUGUGUACUCUCAUAGAGGAGUGAAGAAACCAGAAAAUAUUCCCAUUUAAGAAGCUGGAAUCACAGAAUUUUGACUUUUUUUCCCUUAACAAAUUACUCAAGAAGAUUAAAUGAGUACUACAUUAGUUGGGGAUCAAUUUAAUAGUUUGCAAUUGAUGGAUUAAUCCUUGCAGCUCUAUACAUUGAGCAGUAAAUGGUAUGAUGAGUGCAGAAACUCUCUCGCCAAGGCACAAAGUAACAUAGCACUAUGUUAUAGAGACAGAAACUACAGGCAGAACAUUUGUUUCUGAGAUGUAUGCAAAUGCUAAUAUCAGCCAAAUAUAUUUGUAUAAAAGCUAACUUUAAAAAGGGUACGCAGACAAAUUCAUCACUUUAACAAAGAGUACGACAGCAUUUAUCACUUCAUACAGGGGAGCUUCUCUGAAGACGUGUCAGAAUGAUAUAGCUUUAUCUCUGAGCUGCAUAGAACUAAUAUUUCCGGAUGAGAGCUCGUUAAAGAACAUCUAUGAUAUACUAUUAUAGAAGUUAUGUAUCAGUCUAGUGGCCGUGUGAUGUAAGAUGGUGUGUACAAUGUGUGUAGCUCUGCGUGACUCAUAGGUCAUGGAGAAGAUAGCCUUUGUCAUGCCUGUCAUCUCAUCAUCGGUCUCUUGAACAAUGAACACAAAUGAUGGUGGAUGAAUUUGCAGAGGGAUCGUCUUUUUGUGUUGUGUUGAGAUUGAGAUGUCACCAGCGGCUUGUACUUUAGUAUUAGAUUCAGGGAAAAGUAGAACAUUCAUCAAGAUCUGCCGUUGAUAAUGUGUCUGCACCGCGCGGCUUCACCUAAAGUAAGCUGACACUCUGCUGAUUUGUCAUGCAUCACUUCUCCAACACAUUCAAACUUUGUAUUUAAUUGAAACAUGCACAACAAAUGUUUCAAAGGAAGUUGUAUAUGACUGUACAGUAUGUGAUUUAAGGUGCCUUUUUAUAAACAUGGGGAAUGGUGGUAGGAGGGAUUUUCUAAAAUAAACCAACCCUCAAACCUU